CCACUGGGCGCUCGUGGCCCGCUGUGCUUCUGCACUCAGAUCUUCCACUGCUGGAAAUCCUGAAUGUUUUUGUGUCGAUAUUAGCGGCACUACUUGAGGGGAAGUUUCUAAUUAGACACGUGUUCUCUGGGCUUUUAGUCGCUCACAGAUCUGUUCAUCUCUUUUGUUUUUUUGUUGUCGGAGCGAUGAACAAUCGAAGGAGAGGGGCGAGGAGUCCUUAAGAGCUCCCUUUCAGCCUUUAGAAUCUGGCCGCGGCGAGCCGCAGAGAACCGUGAAGGCACUAUUUAAUGGAGAUGUUCCCGUGAGGCUGACGCCCAGAAGAGAUCCACUCAGGUAGACUUCAGGCUCCCUGUUGUCUCGUUGCCCUUUACUUUAACUCAUCGGAUCGUGUUAAAGCAUAAAGAGGUAGAACAUGGAGGAUAUGGGACUGCUUUUAGACUUUGAUCAGGAGGGCUCCACUGACUUUGCAUUCUGGGGACAGAUGGACCAGAACUUCCACUUCCAGACCCAGCUGGAUUCCUUCCUGAUGGACUGCCAGGCGGCCGGCGGCCAGCUCUCCCCCUGGUCUACUUUCGGCUGUCAGUCUGUCUUGUCGGACGCACAGCUGACCUUCACCGACUUGGACGUCCACUCCCCGGGACUCGGUGCCUGUGCCGAGGGAGAAGGAUGCCCCGCUGAAGAACCUCUGGAGGCGGCCAAGCGCAGGACGCAGCGGCUGGUGCUCCACCAGCCGUACAAGGUGCAGCGGCACGCCGCCAACAUCAGGGAGAGGAAGAGGAUGCUGAGCAUCAACUCUGCCUUCGAAGAGCUGCGCUGCCACGUCCCAACGUUCCCCUAUGAGAAGCGGCUGUCCAAGAUAGACACUCUGAGGCUGGCCAUAGCCUACAUCGCUCUGCUGAGGGAGAUCCUCAUGUCGGGCUCCGACCCUAAAUCAUAUGUCGAUGAGUGCAUGAAGAAUGGCUACAAGAAUCAAAGCGACGCAAUCUGGAACACAAGUGAUCUGACAGCCCGCCUCUCCUGGAUAAAGUGGGAUUAGCCGGGAAGCACGGGGGGCCAUCUCAAGUCCGUAAGGCCGCAGCUCCGCGUCAGAGACGGACAGGCCUGCAGGCGCGGCGCUGCCUGCUCACAGACAUCUGCAGACUUCUCACCAGGUCACACACCUUUAUCAGCCUUCCUCGCCACUUUGUUCAGAGUAGCUUUUAAUAUUCUAAUUUACCGUUAACUGGUAAUUGAGAGCCAUUGUUUUAGAAACGGGGCAGACGAGGAGGGCUGGCACGGCACAGCUCUCCCAAGACGGAUGGCAUUUGUCACAGAGAGGCGCGCUGGCAUCAAACUCAAAGGACUCAUACUUCUGCAGACCAAGCUGAAGUGUUUUCAUUAAGCUGCAAGUCGAUGUGUAAAAAAAACUCACAGCCUUCAUCUUGUAAACAAAGGAUCGGAGUGAUGUGCCGUAGCCCGUCAGGAGCUGUUUCCAAAAGCACAGACAGUGGCUGGAAGGGGAAUUAUGUAAAAAGUCUAAUUAGCUGUUAAUUGUGUCUUAUUUAUGCUUUUCAAUAAGAAUGUUAAAGACGCUGGAUGAUGAAAUUAUCUCCCAUCAGAAGAUGUAGACGAUAUACACAAAAAUAAAGAUA